AUGCCUACAGCUAUAAUCCUUAGUCAAUGCAGCGGAGAACAAAUAGACGAAAGAAAAGAAAAAAAAUACUGUUGGUCAUCGGCAGCAUCUCGUAUUCAAGCUUCGUUCGUUGUAUUUAUUAUACACAUCUUCGUAUUAAAUUCAACAUCGAAGAAACAAACUCGUUUGGGUCCACCGACUUUAUUACACAUUCGUGUUCAAUACUAUUCUUCCAUUUACUUCGUCCUAUUUGAAUUUAUGUAUUACUGGAGUUUUCUAACAAUUUCUAUUUCUACUGAUCAUGUUAUCGAAACAUCGCUGGCUGAACGAAUCGAACCAACUAUUGAAUCAGCAAAUGACAAUUUUCAUAUGUGGUCUCGUGAUGACUUAUUUCUUCGUUUCCAAACAAAUCAAACUACUGGUCUAUUGAUCGAUCAAAUUCUUCAAUUCGAAAAACAAUAUGGUGAAAAUAAAUUGACCCCACCAAAGAAACCGAAUUACAUCUGGAUAUUUUUGUCUCAAUUAUUAACUGGCUUUAAUAUUUUCUUAUGGAUCGCAGCAAUAUUUGCUUUUCUUGCUUGGAAACCAUUUGGCGAACCUGAUCCUCAAAUAGCUAAUUUGGCGCUGGGCAUUCUCUUGUGUUUGAUUAUCUUUCUCAAUGGUAUUCUCGAUUCAUAUCAAGUUAUUAAAUCAAUCAAAAUUGUAGCCUCGUUCGCCAAACUCCUUCCAACAUUAACAACUGUGCGACGUGAUGGUGUUGAACAACAGAUUAUUGCAGAAACUCGUUCCAGUUGCGAUGGCUUAAAGGUGAACAAUGCGAAUUUAACCGGCGAAUCGAAAGCAGUUUCGUGUACAACUGAAUGCACACAUACAAUAAUGCUAGAAUCGAAAAAUAUUGUUUAUUGUUCUUCAAUAGUUGAACAGGGUACUGGAGAAGGUCUUGUUAUUGCUACUGGAGAUCGAACAAUGAUUGGUCGCAUGUCGAAAUUGACGCAAGGAAAAGGUGGAGAUGAAAUCACAGGACUUCAUCGCGAAUUCAAUCGUUUUCUGUUGUUCGUCUGUGUUGGUACGGUCAUUGCCGUCGCAAUUCUAUGGAUAACUUGGGGCGCUUGGCUUCAACGGGAUCAUCCCACGUUUGUUAGCUACAACAAUAAUAUUGUCAAUUCCGUUGGUAUGAUCGUUGCUUUUCUUCCUGUUGGUCUGCCAUCGUGUGUAACAUUUGUAUUGACUAUUGUGGCGAAACGAAUGUAUCGACAGAAAGUUCUUGUCAAAAGUCUUCAAAUCGUCGAAACUUUCAAUUCAGUUUCGGUCAUUGCAACAGACAAAACAGGAACUUUAACACAAAACCAAAUGACAGUUACACAUUUGCUUUGGGAUCUAGAUAGGACAUUAGCUCUUCCAAGUAUCCACUCGAACGGACCAUCGUCUUCUCAACAACUGAAUCCUUCCGAUCGAAAUGCGAUAGAAUUGAUCAAAUGUCGAGCAUCAAGUACAACGAAUGUAUCGAUUGAAGUUAUUCAUGAUCUCUUACUUGGUGCCUGUUUAUGUAAUAAUGCUGAAGUACAACUUGUUGCCAAUGUUGAACUUGGUGGUAAUACAGUUGACAUGGUACGUGAAACGAAGAUUGUUGGAGAUGCUGCUGAUACUGCUCUGUAUAAUAUGUGUAGUCGUGCUUGUCAUAUUGAUAUGAUAGAAACACGUUCGAAAAAUCGCCGUUUGCAAGUUCUUCCAUUUAAUUCUAACAUGAAGUUGAUGAUCUCAGCGAACAAACUAGAAAACUCUCCAUCGAUGGUUUUGAUCCUGAUGAAAGGUGCACCUGAUUACGUUAUUCAACACUGUUCCACGUACAAAACAAAUCAGGGCGAUGUAGAAUUAUUAACCAAUGAGAUUCGACAAAUGAUUGUCAAACGACAAGAAACCUUUGGAAAAGAUGGUUAUCGACUUAUUGCCCUAUGUCAACGAAGUCUCGAAGAAAACGAAUUUAAUGAAUAUGUCAACGCAAAUCAUUCCGAUCGUUUACAUGGAUUUCCAUCGGAUAACUAUACCUUCAUUGGUCUAUAUGCACUAAUCGAUCCUCCAAGAGAUGAAGUUCCAGAUGCUGUUUUGAAAGCUCGUCAUGCUGGUAUCCGAGUAGCUAUGGUCACUGGAGACCAUCCGACGACGGCAAGAUCAAUUGCCAAUCAAGUGAAUAUACUGUCAUCGGAAAUCUCGCUCAAUAAUGGUAUUGAUACAUUUCAAUCGACAAAAGAUCAAAACGGUAAAAUUAUCGUUGAUCUUUAUCGAAAUGAUAAUUUAUUAGAAAAACAUGAAGUUGCUCACAUAACAAAACAUGACUUGAAUAUCAGAGAAGGCAAUCAUCCGGAUGGGGAGAAACUUCCCUGGUACAAACGUAUGAUUGGUUCAUGUAAAAAUAAUUUUUCCGAUCCUACCAGUGGAAAUGCAAAUGAAGGUGUCAAUCGAAUGAAUUAUAUACCGUAUGGUGUUGUUGUGACGGGAUGUGAAAUCGAAAAUAUGGAUGAUUAUAUGUGGGAUUGGGUUUUAUCACAUCAAGAGAUCGUGUUUGCUAGAACAUCACCGGAACAGAAACUUAGCAUUGUGACAGAAUUUCAACGUCGUGGAGAAGUUGUUGCUGUAACUGGUGACGGAACAAACGAUGCGCUUCCAUUAAAAUAUGCUCAUCUUGGUGUAGCCAUGCAAUCGGGUACGGAUAUUUCAAAAGAUGCUGGUGAUAUGAUAUUACUUGAUAAUAAUUUUUCAUCGAUUAUCCGAGCAAUUGAAACCGGUCGAUUAGUUAGUGAUAAUCUUAAAAAAGUUGCGAUACAUUUACUUCCGGGAGGGUCAUGGUCACAAAUAUGGCCGAUAUUUUUCAAUUUAUGGUUUGGUAUGCCGUUGGCAUUGUCAGCUUUUCUAGCAAUCACGUUCUGUAUGAUCAACGAUGUAUUUCUUUCAUUAGCAAUGGCAAAUGAAAAACCCGAACGCGACAUUAUGGCACGUCCACCAUCAAUUCGUUCGCAAGAUCGAAUGCUUAAUCUACGUUUGUUAUUUCAUGCAUUCAUGCUUGCUGGCAAUGCUGCCACAUUCGUCGGAUUUUUCAGUUACUGCUACUAUUGGAUUGAUAAUGGGGUGCCAUUUUAUUCGUUUAUGUUUACAUUUGAACACUUCGGUAAAGAUCCUCCUCUUCCACAAUCACCGGAGGAGCUACGACGAAUGACAUCAACUGCACAGAGUGCUUAUUACUGUUCGACAUGCAUUUUUCAAAUGAUAAAUUUUUUUGCUACGAGAACACGUUAUGCAUCGAUCAUUCAACACAAUCCAUUCUGGGGUAAAAGUCGAAAUUGGUACGUCUUCUUGGCUAUUAUUGGAUCGACAGGCGUUCAACUUCUUGUUACACGUCUUGUCUGGUUCAACAAUACAUUUCAAACUCAACCUAUACCUGUGAAAUACAUCGUACCAACGAUUGGUUUUGGUAUGCUUUGGCUUCUCAUUGAUGAAUUAAGGAAAUUAUGUGUACGCAAAUGGCCAAAAGGCAUUCUCGCUAAAAUUGCUUGGUAA